CAGGGACGGACUGACCAUUUGGAAACUCGGUCACUGCCCGAGGGCCCUGGGUCAGUAGGGGGCCCCAUGAGAUGCCCCUGGUACGUUUUUCAUAGGCUUUUUGGAGUUUGGGCAAGGACACAGGGGCCCCAUGAUCCCCUAUUGCCUGGGGGCCCCAAAGGUUGUCAGUCCACCCCUGGUCCUGCAGUGGCACCACCUGCACAGAUGUAAACCAGGGGUAAAAGUGUAUUUUUAUCAUGGCCCGGGGUCAAUAGGGGGGUCUCAUGAGAUGCCCCUGGUACCUUUUUCAUAGGCUUUUUUGAGUUUGGGCAAGGACACAGGGGCCCCAUGAUCCCCUAUUGCUCGGGGGCCCCAU